UUCAGAAUCAGGAUUCCGGUUCGGAACACCCUCAGCACUAAAUAAUAAAGGCCGGAUAGCCUCUGAGCAUAAGGCAGAGUGCGCCUUGCACGCUGAGGAACCACAGACUUGCUUCCUAACCCCACCCCCUCAAUCAGCAAGCAGGUCUUUCCCAAAUCAAUCCAUGGACUUUGGAGGCUGUCUUGAGCCUCAGCGCCUUUUGCCCCACAAACGCAUCUAAGGCAUUGCCUGCAGCGGUGAAAGCGCCAUUUCGGCAAUUAUCGUGCUGGCUUCUCUUCGGGCUGAGAGCGAAGAGGCAUCGGUACCCUUCCUCUUCGGCGGAGCUCAGCAUUUCCAGCCAUAUCCGGCGCAUUCACUUGUUUUCGGUCAUUCCCGUGUUUGCUCGGCUAUUUCCGGUUCCGCUCGGGCAAUUCCGGCUCCGCUCGGUCUUCGGGAAAAGAGAAACAGCAACAGAAGCCUUUUGCGGGAUGGAAGAACCUCAGCAGGUGAAGGAUGUGGGUGCCCCCCAAGACCGGGACCUCCCCCGAGACCCAGACCCCGAAGAGACAAUCCAAAGACUGCGGGCCCAGUUGGCGGCUGCACUGGCUGAAGUGGAGACUGUCCGUGCGGUGGCCGCCGUGAGUGAAGGCACCAAACAUGAGGCUGUGGAGGCUGUCCGACGCCGGUGCCAGGAGGAGGUGGCUUCCCUGCAGGCCAUCUUGAAAGACACUAUCUCCAGCUAUGAGGCCCGUCUCUCGGCUUUGGAGCGUGAUGGCCGGGAGAAUGCUUGGAGCCGUUUGCUGCCAAGGACCAACCCCCUGGACUCAUUGGAGAAACAGAUGGAAAAGGCACAAGAGGACACCCAGCGGCUCCGGGCCAUUGUGCUUCCCAUGGAGCAGGAAAUUUCAGAACUGAAGGCAAAGCUGGCACAUGCUGAGGGGCUAGUCCAGGAGCUGCAGGUUGAGCAGCGUUCUUUAUGUAGCUCAGCUGAAUCCCUCCUUGCUGACCCUGAGGCUGUGCCCUCCGAUGUGCCUGGAGAUGACCAUGUUACUUUGGGGGAAGGAGGAGUAGCUGAGAAAUUUGCCCGUAGCCUUGAUAGUGUCUCCAUUGCCUCUUUUUCCUCCUUGGCACCAAGUCCUGGGCCUUCCACGCGGCGCAGACGCCCCCCUAGCCCUGAGACAGCAUCGAUCGCCUCCUCCACUGGGACCCUGGUGCCUGAGACCAUCUAUUUGCCACCGGCUGGGUACCAACUGGUGCCUGAGCCUGAAUGGACGCACCUUCACGGACAGGUGCGGCAACAGCGGGAGGCUCUGGAAGAGGCAGCACGGGAAAAGGCUGGCUUGCAGGAGGCACUGAGACGCAGCAGUGAUGAAUGCAGUAAGCAGGUCCAGGUUCUUUUGACUCAGAUCCAGACCUCAGAGCGCCUUCUCCAAGGCCUCCAAGCCACUGUGAGUGAAACCCAGCGCCAGACUCAAGAACAGAUGGCUGACCUGGCUGCGUCCCACAAGAGCCUGAGCUACGAAGUGCAGCGCCUCAAUGCCGAGAACGAGGGGCUGCGGGGGGCAUGUUCCCAGGAUUCCUGCCCUCCGGAUGACGGGAACAGGAGCUUGCCUGGCACUGUCCAGGAGCUGCAGGCCUUGGUGCACCAGCUGAGACAAGAGUCUGCCUCACAACUCCAGGCUGCAGAGCACCAGGCCGAGCGGCUGCGAAUCGAGAUUGUGUCUCUGAGGGAGCGGCUGGACGAGGAGGCAGCAUCUCAGUCGGGACUGCAGGGGGCACUGGAGAGAGAGCAAGAGGAACGAGAGCUUUUGCAAGCCUCCCUGAAUAGCAUCCAGAGCGAGAUGGAGAGACUGCAGCAAGGGCAGGAAGAGGUGAAUAGAACCCAGGGAUGUGUGCAGGUUGAUGCCCCUCCUCUGGGAGAAGCCAGUGGCCUUCAGGAUAGACCAGAACCUUAGAAUGAGGAUGGGGGGGAGGUCAGGCCUGCCCUUCUUCCCCUCCCCGGCACAACGGGAACCUCAGGGAAAUGAUGACCUGCCAGGCACCAAAGGGUCACCUCUUCAGAGCCUUUCCGGGUCCUCUCUCUAAAUGGGUAGUAGAAUGGCUGGGUCUCACUUCUGCCCCCCGCCUGCCCCACCUGACACUGGAGCUUCCAGACCACAAUAAAAAGAGAUUUUUGUACCUUC